UGUGGUUGAACCCCACGCGCCUCAUUAAAGAGGGAUCCGCCUGUGCACGGUUUGCACACAGAAAGACCGCGAGCGCAUCUGCGUGAGCUAAUGUGAGGAAACGCUCUGCGAGAAAAAAAUCCUGCGUGGGUGGGUGGAUAGACGGAAGAACGAGGACGAGGAGAGGGAAGCUGGAUCAGUGCGCAGGAGCUCCAUGGAAAACGCACGUUAUGGCCACUGCAUAGGAGGAAUCCAUCGCGACGGCUGUAGGGUGUGAAAAUAACGUGUGAGUGUGAGAGGAGGAACAGAGCAGAAAGAAGAGGGAUCUACAAUGGCAGCAGAAGAGAAGCCUGCUGUGAAGAGCAGUAGCUCCAUUCUCCCAUGUUUCCUGUUUGUGGAGCUGGUGAUCAUGGCAGGCACCGUUCUCCUGGCGUACUACUUCGAAUACACGGACACGUUCCCCGUGCACAUCCAGGGCUUCUUCUGCUUCGACAAGGCGUUCUCCAAACCUUACCCCGGACCGGAGGAGAGGAGCAACGUUCCUCCUGUGCUUGUGUACUCUCUGGUAGCUGCUAUCCCCACUAUAACCAUUCUGGCCGGCGAGGUGAUGGUGUUUUUCAUGAGGUCGGAGGUCACGCAGGAGAAGACCAUUGUCACAGCGGACUGCUGUUACUUCAACCCUCUGCUCAGACGCAUCAUACGCUUCCUAGGCGUCUACACCUUCGGCGUGUUCACCACCACCAUCUUUGCCAAUGCUGGGCAGGUAGUGACAGGAAACCAGACGCCUCACUUCCUGUCAGCGUGCAGACCAAACUACACAGCACUGGGCUGCCACUCGAACCUCCAGUACAUCACAGAGCGCAGAGCCUGCACGGGAAACCCCCUCAUAGUAGCAUCUGCGCGCAAGUCCUUUCCCUCCAAAGAUGCGGCCCUCAGUGUUUUUUCUGCAGUGUACACAGUGAUGUACGUGACGUUGGUGUUUAGGACUAAAGGGACGCGUCUGACCAAACCCACUCUGAGUCUGACUCUGCUGUGUCUGGCCAUGCUGGUCGGUGUGGUCAGAGUGGCUGAAUACCGUAACCACUGGGCCGACGUCCUUGCUGGAUACUUCACCGGCGGAGCCAUCGCUGUCUUUCUGGUGAGAGCGUGCGAGGUGACGUGUGUUAUCAACAACUUCCAGCAGACAAAGCCCCCUCCCCCACCGGUGCGCCCCCAGCGCCCUGAGUCUGUGCUGGGCAUGCCCAUGGUGGCGCUGCCCUGCGUAGAGAGUCCACUUGAAAAGUUAAGUGGCACUCAGACUCCAAGGGGAUCUCCAUUCACUGAGAUCACAUGACCAUCAGCCUCAUCGGUUCCCCGUCCCCCCCGAUGUCCUCAUACCGUCUCGCUCCAUUACCAGCGAAGUCUAGACCAGCCGUCCCAGCACUCGCGCCACUGCGCCGCCCACUCCGCGGGACGCUCCGCCGCUCUGCACCGCUCCUACUCGACGCAGGUCUAGAUUUCCUCACCUCCAACCCCUCAUCCUCCAUAUUCCUCCAUGUUGCCGAUAGGGCCUCCACAAACCGCUCAAACAAACCAUGACAAGAACUUUCAGAGCCUGCUCGGAGAUCCCGAACACUUGCACGAAAGCCAGAAAUCACAGGUAGGCAUCUCUCUUUUGCCAGAGAAUUUGUUUGGACUGUGUGUGGAGGAUUCGCACCUGUUCAGACCUCUCAAAACCAACCCGACCUACUUCCUGGGGAACCGAUGAAGAACUCUUGAUCAGCUUUUGGCUGAAAUUCAGAACUCUGGCUGCAAUUUUUACUGCAGUGUCAGUUCAGAUGUAAAUACAUGCACUGUUUUUUCUUUUUGGCAUUCUGGUUAAAUGCAUGUCUGUUUUCUUCCUUUUUGUUCAUUAGGGUGACCAUAUGUACUCUUUUUUUUCCCCCCCAGAUGGGUUUAUAAAUUGCGUAAAAUGCCUGGGUUUUGCCUUUGUUUUCCAAUUGUUUUCAUACUUGCUGAAGGUAAUGACUGAAAAGUACUUUGACCAACAGCAUGCAGGCAUUGAAUAAAAUCAACCAAUCAUGGCGGGCAAGAAGGCGGGAUCUACAGGGAAUAUCAAAGCAAUGCAAAUACAUAUAAAUAUAAUGUAAGAUAAUGUGGAAAACCUGGACAUUUUAGGCAAUUUAGAAAUGCCAGCCAGGACAUAUCUUGGAAAAUAGGAUAUAUGUUCACCCUAGCACUGAUGGAGUUUUUAAGUUACAUUUGUAGUCAUCACUAUCUAUGGUGUGAAAAAUUACACAUAAACCAUAUAUUGAUUUGUUUUUGAGCCAUAUUCACUAUGCACUUGGGACAAUCUCAUCAGCAUCAGCUAUCUGGACAUCCUGUAAGUGCACAUCAAGAGAAAAAACUCUAAAGUUAGAGAUGUUCUUGAUAUCAGCUCAUGUAAUAAUGUGUGGAUGCAUCGUAAGGAAUUGAUGGACAGAAUGACAGACACAUAAAAAUCGACCACAGCAUUCUUUUUAAAUAUGUCAUGUCUGGUUCGUGCUCGCAAGGAUUUUUCCACCAGCUAGAUGUAAUGCACAGUCUGACAUGAAUGCCUUUUCAUUAUUGUCUCUCUAGACACAAGGCUUUCAGACAUGAGACAUUCCUACAGUUUUUCAUCAAAGUAUGGAUUGGAUUCUUUAUUUCUCGGGAGAGAAAAGCAAGAAAAGCACCCCAUGAUGUCAACAGAACAGUAAAGACCACAUCUGUAUUGUUGUUGGUAUUUCUGUGAAAGUUUUCAAAAGGGGUAACUGGAGGUCAGCUAGUUUCUUUCCUGUAUAGUGAGCAAUCCUUUCACAUUCAUAUCACGUGUUACUAGCAGGGAUGUGCGGCAUUCAGAAUUGAAUUGAAGAAUCCUUUUCAUUUACAGUUCACGAAUUUGAAUUGAAUUUGAACUCGAACUUGAGGUAGCAAACAGAUUCAGUAUUGAAGUUUUGAAUGUAAGGAGGUAGAAUUAAAAUGCAUUGAAAUUUGAAGAAAUUCUGUACAGUAAGCUAAGCUUUAACUAGAAAUGAAAGUUUUAUCAAGACAAACUUUGAAUGUUGGCGUAAACUUUUGUAACGCUAAAGGGUUUUUUAACUAAUUUAUUUAUUUUAUUUUAUAGGCACUUUUGCAAAUAAAAAGCUCUUUUCAUGUAAUAUUCCAGGAAUCCCUUUAAGAAGUGUACAGUUACUGUGUUAACAUUUAGUUUCCUAUUUAUUAAUACACCUUAUUUUUCUUAAUUGUUAUCUAGAUAUGAAGACAAUGUUAGAUGUCAUGUUCAGAUUCAAAUUUAUAUUAAGUACUAUAUUGUACUAAACUAAAUGGAGACAGAUAGAUAGAUAGAUAGAUAGAUAGAUAGAUAGAUAGAUAGAUAGAUAGAUAGAUAGAUAGAUAGAUAGAUAGAUAGAUAGAUAGAUAGAUAGAUAGAUAGAUAGAUAGAUAGAUAGAUAGAUAGAUAGAUAGAUAGAUAGAUAGAUAGAUAGUGUGGCCAGUUCAAUUCUAAAUCACAUUUAUAAAUUGAAAGAAAACCAAUUCUGAGUUUUGCACAGCCCUGGUUAGCAAGUUUGUAAAAACCUUUGGCUGUCAUUUUACAAUGAUGAUGUUAUGAAAGGUCCUUGCAAUGAAAUAAUUCCUGAGGAUGUCUGGUACAGUGGGAUUUUAAAGUGAUUUGAGCUAUUUGAUGAGUAGUUAACAUUAAUCAGUAGCCUGCACUGCCUGUGUGAUGAAAGACAAUAAGAAAAGUUGUUUCAGUAUGAAGCAAGGUUUUACAUUUAGAUGAACUUUUAAGAGACAUUUUUUUUGUUGGAGGAACAUGUAUCAUUCAUAUUAAUGAGCAGGAAAGUGUAUUAAAAGAAUAGUUCACCCAAAAAUGAGGAUUUCGGAAAAUAUACUCACCCUCAGAUAACCUAAGGUGUAGAUGAAAGAUGUUUAUUUCUUCAUCAGAACAGAAUUUCCAGAAUUGUAGCAUUACAUCACUUUCAGUGGAUGCUCUGCAGUGAAUGGGUGCCGUCAGAAUGAGAGUCCAAACAACUAAUAGAAACAUCUCAAGUAAUCCACACCAAUCCAGUCCAUUAUUAAUGUCUUGUGAAUCUGAAAAAUCUGCAUGACUGUAAGAAACAAAUGAAUGUUUAAGGCAUUUUAACUUGAAGUUGUUAAUUGAGUCCUCCAUCCGUAGAAUGGCUUUCUCCAGUGAAAAAGUCUGAAUCAGGAGAGAAAUCUGCAGAGAUCAAGCACCGUUUACAAAAGAAAACAGUAAAAAACAUUUCUAAAUCAAUAAAUUAGUGGAUUCUUUGAUGUGGUAGCACAACAGGAGAUUAUACUUUUCACUGCAGGUGGCAUUCUUAUGGAUUAUGGACUCAUGUUUUGGCCAGAAGCAACAGUUUAAACACCUUAAUGAAUGAAUUAUUUCUUAAAAGCACACAGCUUUUCUCUUCACAAGAUGUUAAUUGAUGGCCUAGAAUCGUAGAUAAUACUUAUAGAUUAUUGUGAUGUUUUUAUCAGCUGUUUGAACUCUCAUUCUGACGGCACCCAUUCACUUCAGAAGAUCCACUGGCAAGCAAGUGAUGUAAUGCUAGAUUUCUCCAAAUAUGUUGCAAUGAAGAAACAAUGUCAUCUACAUCUUAGAUGGCCUGAGGGCGAUUAAAUUUAUGUAAUUUUAUUUUCUGGAUAAACUACUCCUAUAGGGGAGAUUUUGGGCAAAUGGUUAAGUGUCUCAGGCAGCUAAAAUAAAGUAAUGGCCACAGAUUCACAUGCUCAUGUUUUAUCAACUAUAAUAGAUUUUCUACACAGAGGAUGUUCGUGUGCAUUGUCAGUUGGCUGCAUGUGCUGUACCAUACGUAAACAAAGUGUUGUGCACUUUCUAAUUUUAUCGAGCUCUGUUAAAUUGGCUAUUUUUUCAUAAUUUUUUUUUUUUUUUUUUUUUGGCUUUAAAUAGCAUUUAUUUUCUAAUAUAGUGUUUACUUGGACUAAUUGUAAGAUGUGUAUACAAAUUGUGUGUACUUAAAUCAGAUGAGUGUAAACACUCCACCUUGUUGCACUCCAAACGGAUGAAAAUGAAUGUUUGUAACAUUAACUGUGACAUCUAAUCUGUCUGAUGCCCCUCAGCCUUUACAUCCCGGCACCAGGUCAAGCCUCACAUUCUGUGCUACGUACAGUUACUGUCUCUGUUGUAAGAGCACCAUCUACACAUGCUAAGAAACACCUUCACACCCUUAAAACACUCCAUUAAAGGUGAAGUCUGCAAUUUUUUACCACUAGGGAAUGGAAUUACAACAGCAAUGACUGAUAUCACACAGGUUUCCCAAACCUCUUCUAUUGGUCGGACAAACAGAAAACCCCGCCCCAAACUCACGCUAUUGGUUGAGCCAAUGCUGCUGUUUUGGGCUGGUCAGGAUUCUCAAAGAAACAGAUCAAGAAAAAGUCAAAGCCAUACAGUGUGUACACAGUUUUUGGGCAAAUCAAGCUGCAAAUGGUUUAUUUAUAAUUACAGAGACUGAAAAAAAAUUACAGGCUUCACCUUUAAAAAGCUUUUAUCUGUAGUUCUCAGCUCUCUUAUUCCUCCUUUCAUACACCCAAAUGAAAAGAUAUUUGUACAGUUUUGCAAACAAGUCUUUUUGUAUCAAAAAAAAAAAAAAAAGAAAGAAAAAAUGAUGAGUUUUGCACACCAUUCCUGUGCACUGGAUUAAUUUGUUAUAUUGGUGAUUUUUAUUUAAAUGCACCCAAUGAGUCAUUGAUCUGUGUUUGGGUAAUUGAAUAAAGUAAAAAGCGUGA